AUGAAGUCCGGCAUUGCUCUGAUCGUCGGCGCACUCUCGUUCAUCAAGUCUAGCUACUCGGGCUCCAAGGGCUUGAACGAUCUGGCCAAGGCUACUGACAGAUACAUGGGCACGGCCACGGAUAUUGGCGAGCUGAGCGAUCCGUACUAUGUCAAGCAGCUCAAAAACGCCAGCGAGUUCGGCAUGAUCACCCCGGCCAACGCCAUGAAGGCGUCCGGUGCCAAAGUCCGCUGCCACGCUCUCGUGUGGCACCAGCAGGUUCCGUCCUGGGUGCAGAAUCUCGGCAAGGCCGAGCUGCUCGCGGCGCUCAAGAACCACGUCACCAAGGUAAUGACGCACUUCGGCGACUCGUGCUACGCCUGGGACGUCGUGAACGAGGCCAUGGGCGACGAUGGAUCGUACCGCAAGUCGUUCUGGUACACCAAGACGGGCACGGAGUACAUCUCCACGGCUUUCAAGACGGCCAGCGCCGUCAAGAAGUCCCUGGAUCUGAAGGUGAAGCUGUACUACAACGACUACAACACCAACGUCAUCAACACCAAGUCGACCGCCGUGUUCAACAUGGUCAAGGCCUUGGUCAGCGCGGGCGUCGAGAUCAACGGCGUGGGGUUCCAGUCGCACCUGAGCUACUCGGACUCGGCCUCGGCGUCCGACCAAAUCGCCAACAUGCGGCGCUUUGAGGCGCUGAAGCUCGACGUCGCGCUCACCGAGCUGGACGUCAAGACGAGCUCGACGACGCCGUCCACCGCGGAGCAGAACAAGCAGGUGGUCGUCUACCGCAACGCCGUGCUGGCAUGCAGGAAGUUGUCAAAGUGCGUGGGCGUGACGAUCUGGGACUUCGUGGACACGUACACGUGGCUCUCGUCGUCGGCCCCGCUCCCGUGGUACCAGCCCAAGGGCAAGAAUACGCCGCUCGUGCGCAAGCCCGCGUACGACGGCAUCGCCCAGGCCUGGCAGAGCUAA